CGGUCUCUUUCUCUGAAGUGGGAAUAUGGGGGAUUCAUGGAGAUAGUUUCACUGCGACACGUAGCCUGUGGAGAAAAGGCUCUGAAGUCCUAUGGAAAAGAUAAGCAGAUUGUUUUUUUGUUUUUGUUGAUAUGUAUGCACUGAAACUGUAAUCCCUAGUCAGCUGUGCAGGUGAGGUGCGGAUGACGGCAGGCUUAAUGGUGGAUAUUGCAAAUAGGCUAAUUGGAUCUAAGAUAACUGCUGUCUACAGUCAUAUAAAUAGAACAAUCCUUGGGUAAUGCGAACGCAUCACUCUCGAACGCACGGCGCUACCAAGUCCGCUGCUUCUGUUUUCUCUCGUCUCUCAAGAGCUGCACCUGUGAGAGUAAGCCAGUGAAGAUGAGAGCACUGCUGAUUCUCACCCUCUACAUUUCAUCUCUUGGGGUCCUGCAUUGUGGCCCCGACCCCUCUCCCACAGAACUGAGUGAGGAUGUUCUCCAGGGGCUGUCGAGGGAUGGUGAGCGUUAUGUUGACGAGGAGAUGAAGAGAGCCUUGUUUGGGGUGAAGCGGAUGAAGGAGGUGAUGGAGAAGAACCAAGAGAAGCAUGAACACCUCAUGAAGACCCUCAAAGAAAGUAGCGACAAGAGGAAGGGGGCAGUGCAACUGGCCACAGAGGCGGAGCUAAAGCUUCAGAAGGCUGAGGAGCAGUGCCAUGAUUCGCUAAGGACAUCAUUUAUGGAGUGUCGACCCUGCCUGGAAGACACGUGUAAGACAUUUUACACCUCCACCUGCCGAAGAGGCUUCUCCUCCUUCUCUUUCAAAGUGGAGGAGUUCUUCAGGAAGUUAUCGUCCCAACUGGAAACUCCAGACCAGGUUGUCAAUCAGAACCAAGAUAACCUGAACCAGACCCAGAACUCAGACGAUCCAGAUCUGGAGCUGGUGCGGCUGAAUGUCUCCUUCAGUCAGAUGCAAGGGAAAAUGAGCUCCCUGCACAACCGGAGCACAGAGCUGGUCGACACGAUGCACCAAGAGUUUGGCCAUGGCUUCUGGGUGGCCUUCACCACGAAGCUGAAGCCCAAGCCCCUCUCCCCCACACAGGAGUCCCCUAGUGGGGGCUUCUUCACGGGCAUGGGCCGCCUUGGCAGCAUGGGCCUAGAUGAUGUGCUGGAGGAAGUGUAUGACUUUGGCCGGGCGGUAGUGGAAGACUUCAGCGAUGCAAUGACAGAUGUCCUGGACGAGAUGCAGGAGGCUGUAGAUGAGGAGUCUUGGCAGCAGAGAGAGUCAUUCCCUAGCUGGAGCUGGGUCCCAGUUCCAUUCCCAGACAUGUAUCUCUGUAGACAGCUCCGCAGGCAGGCAGCAGAGUGCUGGCAGCUGCAGAGACUGUGCGAGUCCUGUCAGGACACUUUGGUGAAAGAGUGUCCCAGUGUGAGGGAACUCCACUCUGCGCUGGAGGAGACAUACCUGCUGCUCAACACGUCUCGUUUGCAGUAUGAGGAGAUGCUGCAGGUGGUCCAGAAACACACGGAUGACACACACACCUGGCUCAACACCAUGGAGGCCAAAUAUGGCUGGGUGACGCAGCUCACCAAUGGCACCCUGGGUCCUCAGUACAUCUUCAGUGUGAGCGCGGUGGUUCUACAGGUGAGGGAUAACGGGUUUAAAGGUGACACCAGAGUGGUGUUGAACAUCCUGAACUCUCCUUCAUUAACCCUCUCCGUCCCAGCAGAGCUAGAGGUGCAGGACUCUGCCUUCAUUCAGUAUGUGGCCCAAGAGGCCCUGGCCCACUACAAACAGUCAAAGAUAUGAAGUAAUCCGAGGAUUUUGCCAGCUGUGCUAUUUAUAAGCCUCAAUUUACCAUUGUGUGUCUGUCUACCAGUUCCUUUGGAAGGGAGCAUUAUGUUUAAGGUUGUAUGCAACAUUUGGUUGAGCUAUGAGCUAUACUCUAUACACUGUAAGUGAUGGAAUAAAAAAAUGUAAGCAAACAUGCUUACAUGUUUGAUCAACUUUGACAUUUUACUGAUGAUUAAACUGUGACUGUGAACAUUUA